GUAGGUACGUACUAGGUACUUAGGUACUCAGUCUCGCAGUUGGUUUGUACCGUAAUUUUCCAGGGCUGUGUCAUCGGUAUCCUGCCCUGUUAACUUCGUACAGACGGAACGGGCCGUCACCGCAAGAUUCAGCAGGUGGCAAGGCUGAGUCUAGGUCUUCAGCCUAAACAAAUUCACUUAGUCUUAGCAACAAUUAAAUGAAUGAGAAUGGUUAACGUUAUGAGAUAAUAUCAAGCAUCUUUAAUCACGAGUUUGGCGUCUAUUGCCCCUUCGAGUUGGAUCGGGGGCCCACCAAUUGCGGUGUCUCUGUCCUGCAUCUUGUUUCUUGUGGUGGCCCUUGGGGGGCUGCCAUGUUCAGGAGGAUGCCGAGCACUAUAGCCUCUGCCUCAUCUGCAGCACUUACUUUUGACCUUGUUGCUCGCUGUUCUACGACUAGGGCCCGAGCUUCUCUCUUGACCCUUCCACAUGGCCCUGUGCCGUUACCUAUCUUCAUGCCUGUCGCAACCCAAGCGUCACUGAAGGGUUUAACACCGGAGCAGUUGGAAGAGACAGGUUGUCGUCUUUGUCUCAACAACACUUACCAUCUGGGACUUAAGCCUGGCCAGGAAAUACUUGCCGCCGUCGGCGGUGCUCACAAACUCCAGGGAUGGAACCAUAACCUUCUGACAGAUAGCGGCGGUUUUCAGAUGGUCAGUCUUUUAACUCUUGCCAAUAUUACGGAGGAAGGCGUCAGAUUUCUCAGUCCGCAUGAUGGAACACCCAUGCUCCUGACGCCAGAACAUUCUAUUUCUCUGCAGAAUACCAUUGGCAGCGACAUCAUAAUGCAGCUUGACGAUGUGCUUGUUACCACAUCCCCGGACCAUAAGCGUAUGCGGGAAGCCAUGGAACGCAGCGUCAGGUGGCUUGACCGAUGCAUCGCCGCGCAUAAGAAUCCAAAUUCGCAAAACCUGUUUUGCAUUAUACAAGGCGGCUUAGACACCGAAAUGCGCAAGGAGUGUUGCGAAGAGAUGGUUGCUAGGAACACCCCGGGAAUAGCGAUCGGUGGACUGAGCGGCGGUGAAGCCAAGGAUGAUUUCUGCCGGGUGGUUAAGACAUGCACUGAACUUCUCCCUGAGCUGAAACCGCGAUAUGUCAUGGGUAUUGGUUAUCCAGAGGACUUAGUUGUAAGUGUCGCAUUAGGGGCUGAUAUGUUCGACUGCGUCUGGCCGACCCGAACUGCUCGGUUCGGUAGCGCCAUAACGAAGCAUGGCGUUAUAAAGAUCAAAAAUUACGAAUAUGCGAACGAUUUCGGCCCAAUAGAGGAUGGAUGUGGCUGCGCUUGUUGUAAGAAGGGGAAAGGAGGCCUAGGCAUUACUCGCGCAUUUGUUCAUCACAAUGUAGGAAAGGAGACGGUUGCGGCUCAUCUUCUAACCAUACAUAAUGUAUGGUACCAACUCAACCUCAUGAGGGAGGCGCGUGAUGCCAUUAUUGCAGACGAGUACCCUGCAUUCAUACGAACGUUCUUUGCGAACAUAUAUCCCGAUAAAACCAAUUAUCCGAAGUGGGCUGUAGACGCACUGCGCGGAGUCGACGUAGAUCUACUUUCCGACCCUAAUAUAUGAAUAUGAUCCUUUAUG